GGAUUACUCAUAUAGAACUGACGUCACGUGUGUACCUAUUUUACUUCCGUAUUUCUGGAUCACAUUCAUUCGAAAAUUAUUUAGUUGUUGUCACGGCGGCAUAAUAGUGCAAUUAUCGUUGUUGUUUGGGGUCGAAAUCAAUGAUUAAAAGGAAAUUAUUACCGUAAAUAGCCUGCGAUUACGCAGCCUGUUUGUCCAGCACGGUACGGGAAAGGUCUAGCUAGCUAUCGGUUAGCCUCCGCAGUCUAGCUGGCAGUAAGCCUAUUUGGGCUGUGUGAAGUAAACUGUAUAAGAUAUAUAUAUUUAAAAAAUCAUGUCAAAACCAAAACUAAUCGUCUUCGACUUGGACUACACACUGUGGCCUUUUUGGGUUGACACCCAUGUGGACCCCCCGUUCCGCAAGGACAAAGCUGGAGGGGUAGUGGAUUCCCGGGGGCACGCGGUCCUCCUCUACAGAGAGACGGUGGAAGUGUUGAGCUCCCUGCAUAAACAGGGCUUCAAACUCGGGGUAGCCUCACGCACUAGUGAGGUGAAGGGAGCCAAUCAGCUGCUGUCGCUCUUCAAACUCGACCAAUACUUUUCCCUCAAAGAGAUCUACCCGGGAUCAAAGGUCACACACUUCAAAAAACUGCAGGCGGACAGUGGGGUACAGUUCAGUGAAAUGAUGUUCUUCGAUGAUGAACAGAGAAACAUUACAGACGUCAGCCGACUAGGUAACAGCCCAAAUAUCCAUCUAUCUUACGCACACGCACACACACACACAUGCGCACACACAUACAGUGUAUCAGCUCUGUCCUCAUAGCAUUGGCAUGUAUUCAGGUAAAAUGUCUCCAUAAACCACAUAAACUAACGCAUGUACACACACACUACACACAUACACACAUUUAUUCAUAGGGGAUUGACAGCAGGCAGAAGGUGUACGGGUAUAUGGAUGUACAUGGGUACAGGUAUAUGGGUGUAUGGGUAUAUGGAUGUACAUGGGUACAGGUGUAUGGGUGUAUGGGUAUGUGGGUGUACAGGUGUAUGGGUAUAUGGAUGUAUAUGGGUACAGGUGUAUGGGUGUACAGGUGUAUGGGUAUGUGGGUGUACAGGUGUAUGGGUAUAUGGAUGUAUAUGAGUACAGGUGUAUGGGUGUAUGGGUGUACAGGUGUACAGGUGUAUGGGUGUACAGGUGUACAGGUGUAUGGGUGUAUGGGUGUACAGGU